AUGUCUCCCAGUUAUGCCCACUUUUAUGAAUUUAUACCCACCUUACAAUUAGAUUUGGGUUCAAAUCUUAAUCCUGAAGAUAUCGAAGAAGGUGAUGAUGUGUAUUUCGAGUGUAAAGUUCAUGCAAAUCCAGCAGCUUAUAAAGUUAUUUGGAAACAUAACAAUCAAAUCAUCCAGCAUAAUCAACGUGCAGGUGUUAUUGUUAGCAGUGGUGAUUUAGCACUGCAGGGUGUAACACGCCACCAAGCGGGCAAUUAUACAUGUACAGCCUCAAAUGUGGAAGGUGAUGGUGACAGUAAUGUGGUCGAAUUGAAAGUGAUGUAUAAACCCAUUUGUCGACCGGAUCAAAAGAAAAUCUAUGGUGUGGCUCGCAAUGAAGCGGCCGAAAUUUUAUGUGAAGUGGAUGCCUUUCCUCCUCCCGAAAAUUUUAAAUGGUCAUUUAAUAAUACAGCUGAAACAUUUGACAUGCCACAAAGUGGUUUUCGAGCACAUUCAGCACAAGGCUCAACAUUGACAUACACCCCGGUCAAGGAAAUGGACUUUGGUACUAUAAUGUGCUGGGCUGAUAAUAAUGUUGGACAACAAAAGGAACCCUGUGUUUUUCAUUUAAUAGCAGCUGGCAAACCUGAAAUGCCUUCCAAUUGUACGGUAGUAAAUCAAACAUCAGAUUCUCUGGAGGUCUACUGCAUUGAAGGUUUCGAUGGCGGCUUACGUCAAUGGUUUCUAUUGGAAAUCUUUGAUCAACAAACUGCCACUUUACAGGCCAAUAUAUCCUCCAAAUAUCCUGUUUUAAGUGUAAAUGCUUUGGAUUCUGGACGUUUUUUCAAAAUCUUUGUUUAUGCGGUGAAUUUAAGAGGUCGCAGUGAGCCAGUGCUGCUGGAAGGUUACACCUUAAAGGCCGCAGAAAAGCAAACAGUGGCUUUGACUUCGUACAAGGGAUCACAGACAAAUAUUGAAUUGACACCAAUACUCUCGGUUGGCAUAUUUGUGGGCAUAUUAGUGGCAAUAGUUUGCAUUGGUAUUGGUACAAUUGCGGCAUUGAAAUUGCGCUCACACAAACAGCAACAAAAAUAUCAACAUCAAAAUCAAAGAUUCUCACGUCCUGACAAUUUGCAAAUUAAAGAUAAAAGCUCAUUGCCAUUAAGUCAUACAGAUACGGAUACCAGAUACGAUGAAAAGAAAAAUGAUGAAAAGAAUCCAGAUGUGGUGCCCUACAAAGACGUUGAUGGUGAAUACAAACAAAAAUCAGCAACACAAACACCAUCCGGUCAUUUAUCGACUACCAGUGAAGCGGAAAUCAGCUGUAAACCGACAAACGAUGAACGUGUUUUAUAUCAAAGCAGUAAGGAUGAAGAACUACAUUAUGCUGAACUUACCUUGCCAACGGGGGGUGGUGUUGCCAGCACCACAAAUCCUAAAAAAGCCAUAUCAGUCGAUUGUAGCAGCAGCAUGUUGCUGCAGGGAGCCGGCAUUAAUCCCAAUCUAAGUGGCAUGACAGCUGGUACCUUACCUCAUGGUUCCAGUGUGCGCAAACUGUUGCCUACCAUACCGGCAACGAGUACACUGCAACGCAACAAACCCAUGGCUCCUCCGCCCUCGUACGACUACUUUGAGGAGCCGACGAUAUAUGCUCAAAUAGAUCAUUACAAGACCACAAAUACAAGCGCCAGCAAUUCCAGUUCUGUGUCACCAUUCCCGCCUUGUAUAUCCUCACCAGCGUCCCAGGGCACACCUUCCACCGUGUCGCCGGGCACCGUACAAAUGUAUACGCUACCUUCACAUCCCGGCGGUUAUCACACCCUGCCCCAUAAUCAUCAAACACAAAAUGUGCCUCCACACAGCUCAACAUCCAUGAUGCAAAUGAUGGCUAAUGCUCAGCCCACCUGCAGUGGCAGCAGUAGUAGCACAACAUCAGCGUCUGCUUAUCAUCACGGCACUCUGCCCAUGCCUCCAUCGUACCAGCAACAUCAGCAGCAGCAACAGCUGCAUCAAGUGCAUCCAAACUCCGCUCAGUUGGGACAGAUUCUAGUGUCCAGCAAUAGCAGUGGCUUAGCUACUGCCGCUGUCACCAGUCCCACCAGCUCCAUAUCAGGUCUUUCAGCCGUGGGCAAAUCGUACUCGCGUGAAAUCGUCACUGUACGCACCCCACUAAUGUACUCGCAGCAGGAGAGUUGUGUUUAAGUGUAAAAAGGAAAAGAAUAAUAGAAAUUUAGUUAUUAAGGCUAAGAGUUAGAGCGUAAGUAAACAUAUAAGAGUGAGAGUAGAGAGUAUAAGAGUACAAGAUUAAUG